AUGGGCACCCUCACCCUCCUCCUCUCCUCCCGCCUAGGCCGCGGCGUCCUCGCCCUGCCCCUCCUCUACCUCUCCUACUUUUGCAACAAGAGAUUCGACCGCGACACCUUCGUCGAGCUCGUCCCGCCCAUUUUGGAAAAGGGGUUCAUCCCCCACCCCUCCGGCCCAGUCCCAGUUCUGGAGGGUGUCUUCCCCUGGAAACCCGCCAACGACCUCUUCCGCCCCAUAAGCGUAAUCUUCGCGCCCAGCACCCUAUCCAUAGACCCCCUAGCCUGGCACCAAAUGCUCUUCUUCCUCGUCGACCUCGGGCCAGUCUACCUCGUUUUACUGCUAGAGUCGUUCCGCGACGGCAACGCCUACACAGCAGCCUACCUAGCCACAGCAUGGAACUUCGCCGCCCAGAUCCUCGGCCUCGGUGUCCUUGCCCCGCUGUACUGCUGGCUGCACUUCACAUUCUCCCCCAGCACCAGCAUCCUCGCCCUCGACCCCCGAAAAAGGCUCCUAAAAGAGGAAUACAUCCCCUUUCUGCUACCCCUUCUUGUGGCGCUGCAUUACGCCUGGGUAUACCACAUGUUCUUCCCCCACAGUCUCGACCAAAGACACUAUUACACCUGGCUAUGGCAGCCCGCUCCUCUUUGGAUCGGCCUCGCAAAUACCGUACUUGCCAAAACAAUCCCAACAGGAUGGGCAAAGGGGAGUAAGUUGGUUGGGAAGGGGGCGUUGAGUUUGGUUGUUGCGGGGAUCAGCAUGGUGGUUUGGUGGUACGUGAUACUCCACAGCGGAUUCUCCCUCUGGGAGGUUUUUGUGCCGGUGACCAUGGCAAAGAGGGAGUUUGUGAUGAGCACGAGGGGGCUUUUGCAGUAUGAUUUGCUCUGUUCGUUUGGGGGCUUGUUGGUUUGGAGUUUGGGGUUGAUGGUUGAUGUGUGGGCUGCGGGGGCGGUUGGGUUGGGGGAGUUGAUUGGAGGUUUGGCGGUUGUUGCUUUGGCUGGUGUGAUGGGGGGCCCGGGAGUUGCGAUGCUGGAUGCGUGGUGGUGGAGGGAGAAGAGGUUGGGGAGGCUUGCUGGGGGAGAGCAGAAGGGAAUGUAG